UGGUAACCAAUCAGAAUUAAGACUGAAAUGACGGAUUUCUACUUCGUCCUAUCACACCGACGUAUCAUGGUCAUGUGAGCGUCUCCAUGACGCCACAUGAAGCUAUAUUGGCUACAUGCUAACACUCGCUUUGCUAUGCUUCUGCUGGAAAGCUGAAAUGAGCAAAAAUGACAUUUGUCUGCUUCUUGGAGCAACUGGCGUCGGAAAAACGUUGUUGCUGAAACGUCUACAAAAGCUUAGCUUGCAAGGAUUAGGUGAACUGGGGGAACCGUCUCUUACUCUCCCUACAGUAGGAACUAACUUGACCGACCUGACACUAAAGAAGAAGAAGAAGGUUACAUUAAGAGAGCUGGGAGGCUGCAUGGGCCCUAUAUGGCCUAGUUACUUCAAAGACUGCUCCUCCGUCAUUUUCAUGGUGGACUCAGCCAACAUUGCUCAGAUAUCCUCCUCCUGUAUCCAGCUGCUGUCAGUACUCUCUGCUGAGCCUCUGCACAGUGCCUCUGUUCUUAUUCUGUUCAACAAGAGAGACAUGCCUUGCACUAUGAGUCUCAUAGAGAUAAAGUCACUGUUCAGAAUGGAUGACAUCAUAGCAUCUGCUACACAGCCAAUCACAUCACUGGAACUCAGUGCCCGGUCUGGACAGGGACUUCAGGAGGUGCUGAGCUGGCUGGAGUCCAUCAUAGUCAAGUGAACCAUCAUACAUUUGUUCCUUAUGAAGUGAUGCUACUCUCACAGGACUUUGAAUGAUGACUUCAAGCCUUUUGGCAUGAGAUGGCAGUAUCCUCAGUGAGCAAAGACUGUUUACACACAUUUUUUAAGAGCAUUUAAUGAUGUGUUUAGUGUUGGACCCACUGAAAAACUGUCACUGUAUCUUUGGUACCAUAUUGGUGACUGUUCAUAAGGGUGAAUGAGAUAUAUAAGAGAUGCCAUGGCAGAAUGGAAUGAUUGUAUGGUUGACCAUUGUAACAACAACACUACUGUAGGGUCUUACCUUGAGUUAACAAUUGUUUAUACUGGUCACUUUUACUAAUUCAUCUCUGUACAGAUGAAUAGUGAACAGCUGGGAUUCAUGACUGACUGUAGUUUGAUUCUCAUGCUACUCUAAGUAAGGACUAGUUUUAUUAUGAAACAAAAAGCUAUUGCACUUCAGUUUGAAUUACAGGUUAAGUGUGACAAAUAUGUUAGAAGAGCUUGAUUUGUCAGAGUAGUUACUGUAAGUGAUGCAGCAUAGUGGUAAUAAGUCACUACCAGCAGGGGGCAUAAAGUGCACAACAGAUACUGCAACUGGUACUGGGUGUGUGCCUGGGUUGUGAUGAUUUCAUCUAAAUGUAUUGAUAUCACAGGAAAUGAGAAAAUACAAAACAAUAAAACCAACUGAGGAUGAAGCAAUGUUCCAAUUAUACCCUUAUAUUUGAUGAAAGUAAUUGGUUCACAAGCAAUGAAUAAAACUCAUGAUUCAUA